GAACAUCAAAAGAACUUCACCAUGCUUGCCAUCCGUCGUGCUGCUGCUGCCGUUCCCAAGCGCGCCUUCGCGUCGCCCGCCCAGGCCAUGGGCUUCAGUGAUAUUAAGGACAAGGAAAAAGCCGCUGAAGCUGUCUUCUUCAACAAGCAGGACGAGAAGGCGCUGCGCAAGCUGUUGCAAAAGAUGAAGGGUCAGACUGACGUCGCGGAUAAGGAAGGCUCCAAGCACCACGUUGAGCACGACAGGAAGGGCCUGAAGAGCAUCCCUGGCCUCAAUUUGAACGAGGAACAGGUCAACGCGCUGCUCAAGUGGAAGCACCAGCAGUAGGUCGCUGGACAGGCCGCUGCCCCCAUUUGUCGUCCUCGUGUCCUCUCGUCAGGCUUAAAAAAACCACCGAUCUCUUUAUCAUUUCGACUCCAACUCGAAAACUGUAAAGCAGUCACAACAGCAACAGGAACAAUCAUCCAACGGUUCAACCUGUUGGUCUCGUCGACUCGCGCUUUUGUAUCUUGUGCUUAGCUGCACGAUCUACAACAUAUAUUAGGGAUGGGGUUACUACGAGAAGAAACGAGCGAAAGAACAGGACGGUGAUAAACAGAAGCAGCAGCCGCGAACAAAGCAUACGACACUACAGCAUACCCCAACAAAACAAUAAGAAAAACUAAUUAACCGAUCUGACCUCGAUC